CACACACAGCGGGCUCAUCUAGGAAUUCUAUCUGAAGGCUUACUGGGAUUGGGAUCUUCCACUGGAUUUCUAUUUUGUUUGAAGUGCGAUUUCUUGCGAGGGCAAAAUGAGUUUUACAUCCACGAUGAGCGACUGCAGAGGGUCUUACCUGCAGAGGUGUGUGCUCCCAGGGGGGGCUCUGUCGUUGUUGAUCCUGUUGGCCGCUAUGCUACCGGUGAGGGGUGACUGUCCCGAAACGUGCGUGUGCUCCGUGCCGAGUGAAGUGCACUGCACCUUCCGAUACCUGAACGCAGUCCCUGCCCACAUCCAGCCAGCUGUGGAAAGAAUUAAUCUUGGAUACAACAGUAUAACUGUCUUACGAAAGAAUGCUCUUUCGGGACUGGAGAAAUUAGAAUUACUAAUGCUGCAUAGCAACCUUAUUCACAGUAUUGAGGACAGAACAUUCCAGGACCUACGCUCGCUACAAGUCCUGAAGAUGUCCUAUAAUAAAGUAAAGGAACUCAACAAACAGACAUUCAAAGGCCUGGAGAGUCUGCAGAGACUCUACAUGGACCACAAUCACAUUGAGUUCAUCAGCCCAGAAGCUUUCUACGGCCUCACCAGUCUACAGUUGGUCCAUCUGGAGGGCAACCGCCUGCAGCAGCUCCACCCGGACACAUUCAUCACCCUCAGACACAGCCAGGUGUUCAAGGUGUCCUCGGUCAGGACCAUCCACUUGUCUGACAACCUUCUCACCAGCUUGCCUGCAGAGAUUUUUUCAGGGUGCAACCACUUGGAGAACCUCUUCCUCCACGGCAACCGCUGGGCGUGUGAUUGUCGAAUAAAAUGGUUUGCACUGUGGACGCAGAAGAACACAGGAGUGCUAAAAUGCAAGCGGGAUAGGAGGUAUCCUCGAGGCCAGCUGUGUCCUGUUUGUGAUCAUCCUUCCCUGUACAACAAGCGACCCCUCUCUCUUCUUCCUACGGAGGCCUUCACUUGUACUAAACCCUGGAUUUGGUCCCAUCUGAAGCAGAAAAACAUCAGCAUGGAUGAAGGGGAUUUUACACUAGUUUCUCCAAGAGAUUUUGUUGCUCCACUCGGGUCCAUACAAAUGAACAUGACAGAUCAGUUUCAGAGUGGUGCCAGCCUACUAUGCACUGUCCAAAGGCCAUCUCAUUUUGACAACCUUUCACUUACUUUGGAGGAGGAGGCUGGUAACAAUAUCACUGCACUUGCAGCAAGCAUCACAACAUAUCUGGUUUGUAACACUGACUAUGAACACAUUCGAAAUUUGUGGCAAGUCCUAGCAGCCUACAGCGAGACUCCCAUGAGACUGGAAAGAGGCUUGAUGUUGGCUAAAAGUCCAGAAAUGGUGUACAAAUAUAAGCAAAAGUUGGUUGAGGAUGAGCCACACUCGAACAUUGAUGCUGAAAUCAAAGCCCUUCCAGCAUGGUUGAUGCAAGGUGAGGUCAACCUGCAGCUCGACCGUGCUACCACCACUUUUUCUACUCUGCAUAUCAAGUACCAGUCUGUGGUCAACUUACGCAUAGAAAACACAGCGCUUAUGAAGGACAGCUACUCGUGGACCAUGAUAAAGAAAGACAACAAAACCAAGACUGAACACACCGUAAUAACAGGUGGUGUGGCACAGCUUAUCUGUCAAGUCCGGGGAGAGCCCAAGCCUUUGUUGGAGUGGAUUUUACCAGAUGGAAUUAAGGUUCGAGCCCCUUACAUGAGUGAGGACAGUAGGAUCAUAAUCACAGCUGAAGGGAAACUCACUCUUCGGGGUGCAGAUGUCUCGGACACAGGCCUCUAUCGCUGCAUUGCCACAAACUACUUGGAUGCAGACAUUCUAGUUUUUAGAGUGACAGUUCUCUCUCCUGAUGUGGAGGAGGCCGAUGUCAAUGGUGUCCAGAUAUCACAGAGACUGAGGGAGAAUAUUCUUUUUGACUGCAGCGCCACGGCAAGUCCUGAGGCUUCUAUACAAUGGAUACUCCCAGACCACUCAGUACUGGAUACGUCCCAUGGAAACAGGAAAGUGUAUAAGAAUGGCACCCUGCUGAUUGAGGGUCUCACUGCGAGGGAUCGAGGAUUUUAUCGGUGUUUAGUAUCUAAUCACUUGGGAGUUGACCUUUUGGUUUCUCAAGUGAUGGUAAGUGAACCCUCUGAGGUGGUGACAGGUUUUGAUAUUGACGGAUCCGGGAUGGAGAUGGAAAGCCGGGUGGACCCAACUUUAACUGACCACCCAGUCACCCCCACUGACAGAGAUACGGAGGAAUCAGUGGGCAUCACUUUACAUCGACCUCAUCCCAAACUGAGGUCACGGGGAAAAGGAGGUUCAGGAGGUAGAAUGGGACACAGGAGGUAUUCAGUCAACAACAGACGCACGUUUGGCAGUAGGGUCUUUGAUAAAGCAACAAGGAAAGUGGAUCCAGUGAAAUUUGCAGAAUUGAUGAAGAAGGCUCAAGAUGGAGCUAAAGAAAACAUUCAAACAGGGAGACAGAUGAUAAAAGAGUCAAAGACUGAUUUUUCAAACAAUGAUGAAAUUGGCUCUGGUGAGGUACACGAUGACAAUCUCAUUUUGCUUACUACGAUUUUGCCAAAUUCACAUAACCGCCAAGAAGGUAGUGUAUUUGGGACGGGAAACAGACAGUCUGACAUAACCACGAAAAACAGCGUAGAGGACAAACUAGCAACAGAUUCUAUGACAAUUCAAAAAUCUGUAUUUAAACACAUUCCAGUGGAAAGUGAAAGAGAGAGAGUCACGUCACAUGACCCAGUUUCACACAACACAGGCAUCUUUAGUUUUGAUGGAAUGACUGAGCAUUAUUCCCUUGAAAGAACUACCAAACCACAAACUCUGACAGAUUCCUCACAAGAAACUCAGCUCCAGUCCUCCGGAGAACAUCCUGCAGAACCAGACACAUCCACUGAGGCAUCACUGUCAUCUACAAUUGAUCCUAAUGUAACUCCAAUGAAGGAUGGCACAGACCCCAUGGAGUAUUUCGUCCAUUCAGAUCCAGAAAGUCAGUCUACAAUCACAGCCGUCACCACCACACAGAGACGGGAAGAUCAAAUCACCUUCCACACAACGCAAACAAUAAAAUCUCCACCUUUGGGGUCCACCAUUAUCUCCCGCCAGCACAUUCAUAUCAUCCCACACAAGAACAAUAGAGGAGGGGGGCGCAGGAGAACGUUCCAUGGCCGCAGAAGAAUCCUUAAACCCAACAGGAUAACUGACAUACAGUCCAUUAUCAACAAACUCAUUCAGCCAUCAGAGCAGAAUACUACAGAACCAUACAGAUUUGAACUUUCCACAGUUUGGCCCUGUCCAGGGACCAGUGCCCGGCCACGGAACGGUUUGGGACCCCUGUCUUACUGUAAGGAGCUAUCCAUUUCUACAACGCCAUUUGGGGGACGAGAGAAAGGAGGCAACAAAAAAACAACUAAAAGACAAAGGAAACCAUUAAUCACCACGGAAACUGUAACAACUCCUCAGAUUUCAACAGUAACAUUCACUACAUCCCCUACUACUCUGCUACCCAUCACUGCUCACCCACUGACUAUAACCAAGGAUCUUAUCCCUUCCCCAAAAACAAAGACCACAGUAAGCUUAUUUGAAGACGACAACUAUGGAGAUUCAUUCUCGGCAGAUUUUGAAGUGCCAAAUCUGAAGCCCAGUGUCCAGCAUCAUACUACAAUUAGCCCUACGUAUUACCCCACCACUGCUAAAACACCACUAGAAUCACUAACUCUUGCUUCACCACCGACGGUCAAACCACCUUCAGGGAGAAAGUCUGACAAAGAACUUGUCUAUGGCUCUGGUAGACUCCCUGAUGAUUUUUCUACAAGCAGGAGAGGAUCCAAUGGAAAGAGAGGCCGGCAAGGAAGAAGAAGAGGACCCUCUAAGGGAAGUCGACCUUUAAAGAAACCUAAAACAACAAAAUUGUAUCCUACGAACGCACCUGAGUCCCGCAAGAAACCAACGACUGAGAUAGUCGUGGAAGGGAUCAUCCAGACAACUGUAGUGCCCCACAAGAGUUUCUCCAAACCCCUGCACACACCAUCAAGGCCAAUAUACAUAACUCCAGGGACAUCAGAGCAGGAGACAUACGCUUACAAAGAAGUCGACUGGGGCAUUUCUUAUACUCCAACCAAAACACCUUUCAUUCAUUCAACACCACAAAUGCCAUCUACAUCAAGGGGACCUUAUAAAACAGUUCAGAACAGACUCCACAGUUCUUAUCGACCCCCAACACAGAGGAAUAAUGAUCACACAACAGUUGCAAGGAGAACCAGACCUACAGUUCAAAGUGGUGCCAAAGACAAUGCAGAUAAAGUCAUUUCUUUUGCUACAAUGACAAUAUACACAGCAAAGCAAAACUACACCAAUACAUACAACAGCAACAAUGUAGAACAUCUCCAUGUCACUAUGAGUCCCACUGUUGCUGGUUUAGAACAAACUACUAAGGUCCCAUCAAGCAAACCCAGGAUAGUUGGUGGCAAUGCAGCCAGUUUUAUGGUCUUGUCCAGCUCGGAUGCUUUUCUGCCCUGUGAGGCUGUCGGAGACCCUCUGCCAGAAAUAUCCUGGAAACGCUUCUCCUCAAGCACAGGAAACACAGUUACCAUUAAGGGAAGAAUAGGCAAGUUUGAGGUGUUCAGCAAUGGCACAUUGGCAAUACGGAAUGCCAACAUCAAGGACCGUGGCCAGUAUCUUUGUAUCGCUGAGAAUGCUCAUGGGUCAGAUAAACUUAUUGUCACCCUCUCUGUGGUGGCUUACCCAUCACGUAUCCUAGAGCCCAAAAUGCGUGAGAUUAAGUCUCAUGCAGGAAAUACUGUGGAGAUGAAGUGUAAUACAGAGGGUCGGCCCACACCUACAAUAUCCUGGAUUCUGGCAAACCGGACACAAGUAAGAGGGCAAAACACAGCAAAUGGAAGGGUGACGGUGACUGCUGGUGGCGCUCUAGUCAUUACACAGGUAUCUGUUUUUGAUAGAGGUCAUUACAAGUGCAUUGCUAGUAACCCAGCUGGAGCUGAUACUGCUACAGUCCGCCUGCAUGUGGUAGCUGCUCCGCCAGAUAUCUUGGAGGAGAAACGUCAACAGGUGAAGGCUGUUUUAAACCAAAACCUAUGGCUGCACUGCACAGGACAAGGCAACCCUAAACCUAGGAUUCACUGGGUGCUGCAUGACGGUUUGGUAGUCAGUUCAGACAGAUUUUCCUGGGACAAUAGGAUAUCUGUUCAUGAGAAUGGAACCCUGCACAUCAAGGAUGUGACUCUAAAUGAUAAGGGUAAAUAUGAAUGUAUUGCAACCAGCUCUACAGGCUCAGAACGAAGGGUGGUGACUCUGACAGUCGAGAAAAAAGAAUCUGCACCGAAAAUAAUAGCAACAUCCCAUUAUGUUACUGAGUUGUAUUUUGGAGAUCAGCUGAAACUGGACUGCUCAGCAAAAGGAGACCCUAAACCAAGGAUUAUGUGGAGGUUACCCUCUGAAACAGUGGUGGACCAGUGGCACGGGAUGGGUAGCAGAUUCCAGGUUCUGGAAAAUGGCACACUCAUCAUCAACUCUGUGAUUGAUAAAGACGCAGGAGACUAUCACUGUGUUGCUAAAAGUGCAACUGGUGAUGACCAACAACUUAUGAGGGUCAAGGUGUCAAUGAAGCCCGCUAAAAUAGAGCAUAAGCUCUCUUCUGGCAAGAAGAAGGUUUUCUAUGGUAAUGACUUAAAGGUUGACUGUAAAGCCUCUGGGGCUCCAAAGCCAGAAAUCUCCUGGGGACUUCCAGAUGGUACCCUUGUUAACAGUGCUCUGCAGGCAGAUUCCUUUAGUGGAGGAGGGAGAAUACGACGCUACACUCUGUUUGACAAUGGAACACUCUACCUAAAUGAAGUCAGCAUGUCAGAGGAAGGCGACUACACUUGCAUUGCUGAGAACCAAGGUGGAAAAGAUGAGAUGCACGUACAUAUCACUGUGGUGACUGCCGCUCCGAAGAUACGCCAAGACAGCAAGACCUUUGCCAGACUAAAGCCUGGAGGUAACAUCCGCUUUGACUGUGAAGCAGUUGGUGAACCCAAACCUAAGAUUCUGUGGACGUUGCCUAACAAUGACAUCAUCGCAGCGUCCAACGAACGCUACUUACUGCAUGUAAAUGGCUCUCUAGAUAUAAGGAAUGUAAAGCCAAUUGACACUGGAGAAUAUGUUUGUAUGGCUCGCAACCCUGCUGGUGAAAACAGAAAAGUGUAUAGGCUUGAAAUUGAUGGUAACCCACCAGUGAUCAAUGGCUACCAUCAGAAUAGGACAGUAAUAAAAGAUUUCUCCACAAAAUAUUCAAGGAAGCUUAUGGACUGUAAAACUGAAGGCAAUCCCACUCCUACAAUCACCUGGAUAAUGCCCGAUAACAUCUUUCUGAGAGCACCAUACUUUGGUGGUAGAAUUAAUGUCCAUCAUAAUGGGACUUUAGAAAUUCGUAAUGUGCGUACUACCGAUACGGGAGAGUUCAUCUGCAUGGCCAGGAAUGAUGGUGGAGAGGCGGUAAUGGUCAUACAGCUCGAGGUGACCAAUACGCUUCGAAGGCCUAUCUUUAAGAACCCUUUCAACGAGCGGAUUGUCUCUCCAUUGGGGAAGACCAAUGUUCUGAACUGCUCUGCUGAUGGACACCCAAAGCCAGAGAUCACCUGGAUCCUGCCUAAUGGAACACGACGUACAGGUGGGCAUAACUCCCAAGAUGGGACUUUGGUCAUCUACAACUCUCGCAUUGAGGAUGCUGGGAAAUACCGCUGUGGUGCCAAGAAUAUCAUGGGCUACAUAGAAAAGCUAAUCAUUUUGGAUGUUGGACAGAAGCCUUUCAUCCUGACGAGGCCACGGGGGAUCAUACGCAGUAUGUUUGGGGAACCUCUAUACCUUCACUGUCUAUCUGAUGGAAAUCCAAAACCUAGGGUCUACUGGACCCUCCCUGGGGGCCACACUCUCACGCGGCCUCAAGUCCUGGGACGCUACAAGUUCCAAGAGAACGGUACACUAAUUGUCCAAGACACCACUCUCCAUGACAGAGGGAACUAUGUCUGCAGAGCUCGGAAUGAUGCGGGGGAGGCUUUGCUAACCGUCCCUGUUGUUAUCAUCGCCUACCCUCCACGCAUCACUACGAUGCCACCCCCUAGCUUGAGUGUAAUGGCUGGGACACCUAUCAAGCUAAACUGUGCUGCUGUUGGAUUACCCAAACCAGAGAUCACCUGGGAGUUGCCUGAUUAUUCCAUUCUGUCUACAGCACAACAUGGGAGGCCGAUGGGAAGUGAGUUGCUUCACCUUCAGGGUACGCUAAUCAUUCAGAGACUCACAGCCUUAGACUCUGGCACUUAUAAGUGUCUGGCCAAGAACCACCUGGGCACAGACCUGAAGGCUGUAUAUGUGCAUGUGCUGUAGGAAAAUAAACCAGGGCUGAAGGAUUCACUUGGGUGAACACAGGGUAAACUGCCUUUUUGUAUGUAGAUUGAAGAGACUCACAACAUAUUCCCAAAAAAAUAUCUGGCAUUAAUUUAAAAUGAGAAAAACACAUGAGAACAAAACCAUUUUAACUGACAAAACACAGCUGGGGGGCUGAAAUGUGUUAUUGUAACUUGGAAGCGAACGUUUAGAAAAUCAUACAGUAGGUGGUUCUCAUUCAUGUGGGUGAUUCUCCCAGGAACUGAAUGUGUUCAUACACUCUAACCCAAAGUAAGAAGGGGGUGGUUUGCUGGUAACACAUGGACACAAUUACAGCACAUACAGUCUUGUCAACAACUUGUUGUUUAACAGCAAACAAUGAAGACCAGUGACAGGACAUAUAUAUAUAUAUUUUGUAAAAAUAUUUGAAGUGGAAACCAUCAAAUGUUGUCUAUUUUUUUUAAUCAAAACAUAAAAGUAUGAAGACUGUUUUACACUGGAUGCAUAUCUUGUUGGCUACAAUGUCAGUGAUUUCAAACCGGCGUUACAGCAGAUUCUGGUUGAAAGCAGAUUCCCUUUUUUUUUUGUUCAGAUAAUUACUUAAAACAGUUUUAAAGAAUUAUGAUCUAUUGUGUUGUACACAAGAAUUUACAGUAAUGUUAUACAUUAUGCUUAUCUGUAAUAAUACAGUAUUUUUUUUUUCAAAUCUAUUAAUGUUUGGGAGGAAUAAUAAACAUUUAAACAGGGUUGGGAGUUUUCAUUCGGGAGUUUUCCUUUUCAUUACCGUAAAUUCCGGACUAGUUAACACACCUGAAUAUAAGCCGGACCCACCAAAGAGAACAAACUGUUGUACAAAGGUAUAUGGGCCGAACUGGUCUAUAAGCUGCGGGUGUCCACUUUGUAACGUGAGAUCUUUACACAGAAAGACACACUAUAAACCUUGCAGUCCUACCUACACCCGGUGUUUCCAACAUCACUUGUUCAACAGCUGCCACGAUCCAAGGGCUUGAUCCUACUAUCAGAUCAAAACACAAUCGCUGCAUAAGACUUCAAAACAUAUAAUAUUAGUUUGUGGCUAUUUUGACACUCUGGGCAUCACGGGAACUGUAGUUCUUUUAGCUAUAAAUUAGCCGCAUCAUUGUUUAAUAUAUUUUGAUUUAGAAAUCAUUAAUUACUGGAGUAGUGAAGCAUUUUUUCUAUGACACUAUGAUACCAAGUAAACCAGGUAUUAGUAUCACUGAUACAACAGGUUGGGAAAUAAAUACGGUGGAACCCAUUUCUUCACCCACUUAUGUCGGCAUCUGUCAACCAGUCCAAGGGGCGUCGACAUAACUAACCAAAACUAACCAUUGCACUGAGCAUGUUGCUGUUGUCGCCUCACGCUAUUUAGCGAUAAUGGGGAAUUUUACGCAGUCUGUCAAAACACAGUAAUCCCUCGUUUAGCGCCGAUAAUUGGUUUCAGACCUGACCGUGAUAAGUGCAUUUCCGUGAAGUAGGAUUCCUUAUUUAUAAAUGGAAUAUUUUCAUAGUUACAGCAUAGAAAACAUGUUUACCACCUUCUAAAUAUGAUUUUUAACAUUAUUAGAGCCAUCUAAUUAUGAAAUAACACUACUGUAGUCACUUUUACCCAAUAUAGUUGACAUAAUAAUAGAAAAUAAGGCAUCUUAGACAUACAGUAAAUAAGACAUUACACAGACUGACACGUUAGCUUUGAGGAUACUUGGUGGCUAUUGUCUCAUCAAUAUCAUAUAUAGUAGACAUAAUAAGAAAAAACAAGAUUUAAAUAAGACUCGUGCUCGUGUGUGUUGAAAUAAAUGUGUUCCCUAGGGGAGCUGAGUGGCAGGUGGACAGGAAGUGAAUUACGGAGUUCAGAGUUGAGUUUUAGCUUGCCGUAGGUUACGGCUGCAACAGUAACCUGUGAUUUUGUCAGAAACUUUUGUUUGGGAUUAUUGUGCUUGUUGUGCGAUAAUUCAAACCUGCAAUAA